AUCUCUUGAAAUACUGGGCCUACAUGCUCACAGGCACCGAUCUUUCGAAUAAACCACCAACAGACAUGAUAUGCCAACUCCAACCUACACUUAUCAUCAUAAAAAUUGAUAAUUGUUUGCCCAUUUACCAAAGUCCGCUUAUUUGCCCUCUAACCUCCGCGUAUGUUUGCCGCCAUUUUUGCCUGCCCCUCUCAACACAUUCUUUAUGAUCGGUUCUGCUUCAAUCAUCUCCCAUCGUCUGCAUAUUACCAACGGGGAAACAUAUAGGCCUACUUUUGGAAGGCGCCAUCGAAUUCUCCUCCACGAACUAGUCAUUUGGGAAUCUGGUCUUUCAUUACACGGGAAACCGUUAUCAUAAUGAAUUGAUACGACGUAUUGGAAUAUUUUGAUGAUUUUACUUGAAAUCCAUGCCUCACUCUUUUGAGGAUCUGUUCUAAAAUCUUAAAUGACCAUCAUGAUUGGUGUAAGGAGAAAGAACUCAUUUUGUACCCGCCUUCUCUUAAUAUUAUGCUUAGCUUGGAUUGCUAACUCGGAAUUAUACCCAUUUGGAACAGGAAAUGGCGACACCGCUCUCAGAAAAGAAAACGAUUUUGCCGAACGCGUGACAUUAGAUAGAGCUUUCCCUUUUGGUGGGAAAUACCAUAAUGUAUUAUACAUAGGGGACAAUGGGGUAAUCUCGUUUGAGGAUGCAAUUUACGUGGAGUCUACCGUACCUAAAAAUAGGAAUUUACCAAUUUACUACGAUGCAGACGAGGACGGUGUUGUCGAGGACCCUGACGGAAUAUUUCCAUUUUGGGCAGACGUUGACAUAUCUAGUGACGGUGGAAACAUAUAUUAUCGCGUUUCAACCACUACGUCAACCCUCGAUCAAGCUACGACAGACGUCCGUAAUUACUUCCGGAGCAAUGUCAACUUUCAAGCUCAAGUAGUUAUUGUCGUCACAUGGGACCAAGUCUCAUUUUACGACCAAGCUGGUGACCAAGACCCUAGGAAUACUUUCCAGGCAGUGCUUAUCCAUGAUGGUCAAGAGUCGUUCGUUUUUCUCAACUAUGAAACCAUCAACUGGGUAGUUGGGACAUUGAUGCAAGGGGACCAAAAUACUGGCCUUUUCGGUUCUUCCAAAAUCGGCAUUGCAAUAGUUGGGUUUCUGAUGUCAGACGGUGAGAUUUCCGAAGUUUUUAACUACGAUCAAGAUACAUUACGGGAAUUGCCUACUGACAGCAACGUAGACGUAGAUGGAGUCUACGCAUACAAGGUAGACAGCAGUUCAAUCAUUGAUCCAGUCUGCAAAACUGGACCUGGAGCAGAAUUGUCAAUCACCCCAGCCCGCUGCGGUAUGAUGGGAGGCGAAAGGAUAUACCUCUAUGGACCAUGCUGGGCGGUAGAGCGAGUCCAGACCUGUGUGUUCUCCCAUGGUGGUGAGAUCAUCCAGGAAGUCAAUGCGACGGUCCUUAACACCAACGAGGCAUAUUGCGUCCCUGACCCUUUCUUCCUCGUCGGAGAGGUGACCAUUGCAGUGGUAAAGGCCGAUGACGAACUUGCUUCUUCACCUUCAACCAUAUAUUCCCUCCUUGAAAGCGGGAGAAUAACGCCUACCAUAACAAGAAGGGACACAGAUUCUUUCAAUUGGGAUGUGGCCGACAACUCUCUUACUAUUACUUGGGAACCAGACCAAGAAAGCUUUGGCAGCUCGGACAGCGCCCUCUCGAUCAAUGUUCUAGCAUACCGCGAGGACAGUCCUGGACCGCGAUGGGAAACAGUGUAUCUGAUAACUAAUAGCACAGCAGAUGAUGGCUCGCAUACGUUCACUCCAACGGCACAACCGGAAGUGACGGAAGACAAUGCAUUCGGAGUGAUCAGGAUUACUGGGAAUGCAAACGGUCGUGAACGUGUCCUAUGGAGCGACAUUCAUCCCCUGGGCUAUCUAAUGGAACAGUCCUAUCAGGAGGAUCCAGUCUUGUGGGCCACAGAUAAAUGCAAUGACUGGCUUACGGCAGACGACGCCAAAGGACCGUUUAUCGAGACCCUGGAACACAUUGUCUGCAGUAGCAUUCUUGACCACCUGGAUAGCAAUAACAUCUUAUGUGACGCCCAGCAUGGCUUUCGCAAGAAGCGCUCCUGUACAUCUCAGCUCUUACAUGCUGUUCAGGACCUUUCCAAGGGUAUUGAUGCUGGCGAUCAGCUUGGUGUGAUUCUACUGGACUUGUCAAAAGCCUUUGACAAGGUUCCCCAUGGUAGAUUGAUGUACAAAGUCAACUAUUAUGGAGUCAGAGGCAAUAUUCACUCAUGGAUUGAACAUCUACUCAGCAACCGCUCCCAGAGGGUUCUUAUUGAAGGAGUUACAUCUCAUGAAGCCCCCGUUCUCUCAGGAGUGCCGCAAGGUAGCGUGGUCGGACCUCUGCUCUUCCUCCUCUUCAUUAAUGACCUCCCUGAAUAUGUAUCAUCACAGUCUACGGUGCGCCUCUUUGCUGACGACUGCAUCUUGUACAGAAAGGUCAAGACAAAGGAGGACACUAAACAGCUUCAGAGGGACCUGGAUGCUCUUCAAGUAUGGGAAGAUGACUGGCUCAUGCAAUUUCACCCGCAAAAAUGCCAAGUUAUGCAUGUUACCAAUAAGAGGGUAGUUAUCAAGAGUUCAACACCAUAUUGCAUUCAUGGAACCCCCCUGGUGGAGACUGAUAAAGCAAAAUACCUUGGUGUAAACUUCGAGAAAACCUGA